AUGAUUAAAUUUUUUUGUUCAAAUUUUUUUAAAAAACACAGUGUCUUUUUUUUUACGAACUUUAAAACACUCAAAACGUUGAAAACGUUGAAAACAUCGAAAACGUUGAAAACAUCGAAAACGUUGAAAACAUCGAAAACGUUGAAAACAUCGAAAACAUGGAAAACAUCAAAAAGUAAUGAUUUAAAAAAAGAAAUUGUCCAAAAAAAUUGUAAUGCAGAAGAAAAAGAUGAAGAGAAAAUAAGUGCAUUAAAGUACUUUUCUAAGGUGGAAAUUUUUUAUUUAUUUUUUGUCCCUUUGACAUUUGUAUCUGUUUAUAUUUAUCUCAUGUGGAAUUUGUUCAAAUAUAUUUGCGAUUUCAGAGAUGUAAGGCACUUUUUAAAAAUCGCCCGUUGGUUAAACGGGAAUGAAGUUUACCCAUUUGAGUAUCUGCAGAAUAGGGAAGAGAAAACGAAUAACGAACCUGUCAUUGUUGCCGUGAAGAAAUUCGAGUGA